AUGUUUCAGUACAUUCUUGCGUUCCUUGCGGGGAAGCUUGUAAGUGACUUUCUAAAAAAGGAACGGAAAGAAGAUCCAGAAAGCACCCCAAGUGAAGCCAGUAUCCUCGGGCUCACUGCAAGCGGAAAGAUGAAGAAAGAAAGAAAAAACACCAAUGCAAACAACAAUGCAAACAACAAUGCAAACAAUAACAAGAGUGGUUAUCGUCAUUACAUUGGCCAGGACACAACAGCUACAUCUAAUUCACGUAUGUGCUUCUACUGUAGCAAAGAAGGCAAGGAGCACCCGAUUGAAUAUUUCAUCCAAUACCCCUGCUGUGGCCAAUUCAUUUGUUGUGAUUGCAUUCGUCAAAACAGAAGACAGUCAUUUUGUGGCGAAUGUUUGACAAGUCUGCCGCAAAAUUCGAAUGCAAUGCUCUUUAUGUACAACCUGCUCGACAAAGGCGGCCUUAGAAAGGAAUUGCAUCACCGUAUGCUGGGAAGAUGCUUCCGAUAUGGUCAGGACACACGCAUGGAUGAACUCAUGUCGUUUCCUGUUUACGAGCGAAUGCCCAAACCUUGCCCACUGCUGGCCAUUAUGAGUCCACCAAGUGUGGGGCGUGCUGUGGAACAUUUUUUAGAAGCAGCUAGGGAUGGAGAUAUUUGUGCCAUGCUCGACCUGGCAGACACGUACAACACCGAUUUUCCAAACGAUCCCUUUCAGAGGAACAACGAAACUGCAGAGUACUGGUUUCAAAGAGCUCUGGGAAAAGGAAACACGAUAUGCCCAAUCGCUUUCACUCGAUAUGGAGAAUUUCUAUUUUGGGAGAGAAGGUUUGGAGAAGCGAUCGAAAAAUUUAAAAUUGCAGCGAUUUUCGGCCAUUCAAAAGGCCAGUAUAAGUAUGCACAAAUGAUGCUGGAUGGCUUGGGAAAAGAUUCAAAUGAUGCAACUACCAAGGAAGCUGAGGUUGUUUCAAAUGAAGAGACGACAGAAGCUAUCGAGUGGCUUUGCAAGGCAUCGGUGGAUGGAUACUACGGUCCAUCCUACACUCUCUUGGCGCAGACCUUGCUGAAUAUAUCUGAAAAAACUUUCGGGACAGCAGAGUUGGUUGGGAAGAGCCAUAUUCCACGAGUAGUUCAGAUCUUGAACCUUGCAAAGGCAGGAAAAUACAGAAACCGCCGACGAAACCCAAAAGAGAUAAUCGAGGAGGCAGAUGAGCUUCUUGCUAGAUACAAUUGUACAAAACAGUGCUCAAAUUGUGGAGCCAUGGGAUCCGAGAGUAAUCCCCUUUUAGCUUGUAACAGAUGCAACGUUACUAUGUAUUGCAGCAAGAUCUGUCAGCGAAAAGAUUAUCGUGAAGGUCACAAGUUUGACUGUUGUGAUCGUGAGGGGCUAUUUGAUUUCCACUCCAUCAAGAUGAAGCUACCUUGGAUCAAUGGUCAAGACUCGCAAGAAAGAACUGCACUGCCAAUGCUACAGUCUACAUCGAAGAAGACUUUAUCGGAAAUGGUUGACGACGAUACCGAUGAAAUAUACGGUGAAGAAGAGCUUGACUACGAUGAAUUUCUUUUGUCACAGAUGAUGUUGCGUAUGCGCAAGAACCUUGAGACGUACUUGGAUCGGGUUUUGGGAAAUACGGACACGAGUUUGAACCUCGAGAAGAAAAUCAAGGUGUUUAUCACACAGGAAACAGAUCUCAACGAAGCAUUGAGUUUCGUGAAGGCGAUGCAAAAGAUUCGAAAAUUGGGAAAUGAUGCAGCUCACAGGUCGCCAGAAGACCCAAAGCCUAAUCAGAAAGAGUGCGAGGAAGCAGUUCGAGAAUUUCGAAAGCAAAAGCAAGACUACGAAAUUGCCCGCGCAAGAGUCGGAAAACAAGAUCAUGGUAUGUCAGAAUUAUCGACAGUGCAAGAAAAUACACCAACAGUCCAAGUCACGUCAGCAACUCAGAACACAACGGAGGACAGCUUACAGAAGAAGCCAAAGAAGAAAAAGAGAAAGAAGAAGAAGAAGAAUUGA